GCCAAAGCAAGACUGGGAUUUACCAACCAUAGCCAUGGGAACCUGUCUCCAUCUUCAUGGCUGCCUAUCUAUGCUACUGGUGGCAUUCUUCAUGCAAGGUGUCUUGGCACUAGACUGCCACAGCUGCGUGGACCAUGGUGACGGUGGCUGCAGAGCAGAGAACAUAAAGAAAGUGAAGUGCCCAUCAUCCACAUCUGUCUGUGUGGAAACUGUGGCUGCGGUCGAAUGGAGUCAUGGGAAGUUCUCAAUUGGGGAGAAGGGUUGUGGAUCAGGCAUACCAGGAACCAAUGACAAAGCUGUAGCCAUACAUGGCAUCUAUGCCUUCUCCCAGUUACACCAGUGCAACAAAAGCCGCUGCAACAACAAACUGGACAUCAAAACCCUGGAACUGCAACCCAUGGAUAAUGUGAGCGCAAGGGUUCCAAAUGGUGUGGAGUGUUACAGGUGCAUCGGUGAUGAGUGUUCGAUAAACAACUCAACCAUAGUCAAAUGCUAUGACUCUUUCCGUGGUUGCUUCCAUGGCAAUGUCACAAUGAAAGCAGGCAACUUCUCAUUGACCAGGCCUAUCAAAGGCUGUGUUCAGGACGAGGAAUGUACUAAGGUAUCAAAAGGAAGCCAAGCUGUCACCCUUGUGGGUUCCUGUUGUUCUGGCAGUCUCUGCAACAUUGACCUCUCCAACAAGACACACUUUGCUUCCAAGAUUCCACGGCUGGAGUUUAUGCCUGGCCAAGAUGCUAACAGUACUGCAACCUCAACCUCUUCUGCAAACACUCACCUCAACAUACCAGACCCUUCCGCUGUCAGCAAACCAACCCAUUCGGUUACUGUGGACCCAUCACUGUCCAACCAUCAUGAGAAUAGUCAUGGCCACAACCAUGACCACAAUCACGACCAUGAUCAUGACCACGACCACGACCAUGACCAUGACCACGAUGAUGAAGAAUUCACCGCAGAGAGAGACGGGAACAUUGCCACUUCAGUGAAAGUGGAAGAACGACACAACCAUCAAGCUCAGCAACCUGAUGGCACAAAAGGGGGUGCAGCAGGCUUGGGGGGAUCGGUCUUGCUGUUCUUGUUGUUGGCUGGCUUGUUCAUAUGAAGAAAAAUCAAAGAGGUGGCAUGAUAUUCAACUUCUUCCUUUCUCCCUCACUAUUUUGGUCCCAUCUGAAUGCAUGUUUCCAUCAUAGUUUGGCUUGACUGUUCCUACUCAGAGGAGAGUUUGGCCUACCUACUCUUAGCAUGUUUUGAAAUUAAUGUGACUUUUUUAUCCUAUCUGAUCCCAUCAGUGAUAUAUGCCCUGCAUAAUGCUAUUUGCAUAUUGGAAGCCUGCUCCCAUUACAUUUGUGUAUUCUCUUUGCCUUGUUUUACAGGCAUCCAUUUUGUAGCACAUGGCAUGGACUGGCUAGAAUCAGCCGAUAUCCUACAAGGCAAAGCUUUGUGUUAUGUUGUUAUGUUUAUAUGUAUCAAAACUCUGUUCUGUUCUUAUGAAACAAAUUCCUACUGUGUGAGAGCCUUCUUGUGUGCUCAUUAUGCAACCAACAUGUAACCGUUCUGGACCUAAUAAUUUAGAUCUAAUAAUCUAAUACUGAGUUUCUGUCUCAGCAAAACCAAUACUGUGCAACUGAUCAUCCUCAUGCUUUUCUUGUGCAACUGGCAUGCUACUCCUUGUACAGAAUUCAUUUGUAGUAAGAGCCAUUGACAGUUUCCUUUCUUCCAAUAAUAGUUGAUGUUCCCAAGAAUGAAUGUUAUCCCAGCUUUCUAAUAUUCGACACCAGUCAGAGACAAGAUGCAUUCGUUUUAAUUUAAAUAAAGUUAUAAGGGUAAUGAAGUCAAAAGAAUGAAGGCAAUGAAAUCUAAAGAGGAAACUCUUUACGUGACCCCUAAUCCAAGCAAUUUUGGAAAUGGCUGAUUUCAAAAUAGGACUGUCAUUCAGGAUAUAAAGGAUUGGGAUCCACUUGACAGCUGUCUGAAAGAGCUGCAAGAUUUUGAAAUGAGGUAAAAUCUUCCCAUUUUGAAAAUUUGGAUGCUGAUCCUGAAAGCUGGUGUUUGAGUUUGGAAAUCAAAAUCAGAAAUUCAACAGGUAUAGCUUUUCAGCUUUGCAAGGAGCUUUAUCCUUCCUGGCUCAGUAGUUGAAAGGAGCUAGUCUAUACUCCAAUUGAUGAUAACUCUGUGAAGUACUGACUGCUCUUGCUACUCUCACCACUAAGCAGAGAAUCUUCAAUCCCUGAUUUUGAAUUUUAAAUAUUUGCUUGAUUUGCAAAAGCUGAAAAUAUUUGCCAUUAGAUUUGUAGAGAACCCAUAGGGCCAGAGGAUAUACAUUUCAACUGAAAUGCUAUUGAAUUGAUUCUUAAGACAUUCUUGAUACAUCUCUCCAAAUAAUCCAGGCUGCAGCACAGCCCAUAUUAAAGAAUUAUUUGUAACUAUGCAAUCCUUUUUUAAUGCUAUCAGUAAGUCAAUGGUCUUCCCCCACUUGGGCAUAUCUGCAACUCAACAAAUCAGAUUCAUGCCCAAUUUCUGUUCAAUACAGCCCUUCUUGAUCUCAAGUUCUCUUGGGGUUCUGAAGGAGACAAAAUGGCAUUUAAAAGGUAUCCAUUUUUCUCCUUUUGUGUUUCCUGUUCUUUUGUAAAUGUUUCCAGACUGAACUCUUGCAAAGAUGAGAAAUAGUAGGAGGCACUGGCGCUGAAGGGGUGUGCAAAUAAAGACAUUACAAUUUGGAUGAA